AGGACGGCAGGAUGGAGCGGAUGGAGUCGAUGGAGCCGAUCACGGUGAACUACACCUCAUCUUACCCAGAGAUCCAACCUGACAGCGGCUAUGGCUCCAGAGAGACCACCGAGGGUAAAGCCAGGACCCCUCCAGCUCCAGCAUAUGAUGAGGAGCUAGUGCACAAGACGAUUCUGGUUGGGGACAGCGGCGUGGGGAAGACGUCUCUGCUGGUGCAGUUCGACCAGGGAAAGUUCAUCCCCGGAUCUUUCUCUGCAACAGUCGGCAUCGGAUUCACGAACAAAGUGGUGACUGUAGACGGAGUAAAGGUCAAACUACAGAUUUGGGACACAGCAGGACAGGAGAGGUUCAGGAGCGUGACACAUGCAUACUACAGGGACGCUCACGCUCUGCUGCUUUUGUACGACAUCACCAACAAAGCAUCCUUUGACAACAUCAGGGCAUGGCUAACAGAGAUCCAUGAGUAUGCACAAAGUGAUGUAGUCAUCAUGUUGCUGGGCAACAAGGCCGACAUGAGCAGUGAGAGAGCAAUCAGGAGAGAUGAAGGAGAGCGGCUGGCCCGGGAAUAUUCAGUUCCCUUCAUGGAGACGAGCGCGAAGACGGGAGUAAACGUAGAUCUGGCCUUCAAUGCUGUGUCCAAGGAGCUGAAGCAUCGAGCCAUCCAACAUCCCAACGAACCCAGGUUCCAGAUCCACGAAUACAUCGAAGCUCAGAAGGAGAAGACGGGCUGCUGCAGCUACUUCUGAGGCUGAGUCCUCGCCAUCCUUCUCCCACCGCUCGGACUGUCAGAGGCACACCGAGAGCUGCUGAGUGGGAGGAAGCCACAUUUAAUCGCCGCUGCUCCUAAAGUACGAAGCUGCCAUUCAUUCAAGACUGGAGGCCAAAAGUAGACCAAUGAGUGAGAGGAGGAUAGACCAAGAUAGAAAACCCACGCCUCUCUGCAGCUGAGGAUGGGUUACACAGAUAUUAGAAUGACAGAUGAGCAACGGAGGAUAUUUUUAGCAAGCAGAGUGAAAUAUUUUACAUUUUACGCAGAAUAUCCUGAUGACAGCUGCUUUCUUUUCAGAGUUAGAUGAAAAAAUACUAGCCAUGCAACAGCCAUGCCAAAUGGGGGUUUUCAUGAUGUCAAGUAUAUUAAAUCUGACCAGUUAUACUCAUUAAUCUCAUUAUUUAAUGAUUUGUUUUCAGUCUCUUUCAUCUAACUCAUUCAAAGAAAGUCUGCUAUUUUAUUUCCCGAAUGUUUCCCAGGUCCUAAUCUUAAAGGAGUUAUAUAUAUUCAAAGGAUUUUUAAGCUAUAAUUUUGUUUUCUUGCCUUAUAAAGCUCCAACUGGAAACACUUUCCCUGCCCUUUCAUUUAAAUCUUUGCUCAUGGAAGCACGAGGACAUUCUAAACACCCUGGUUUGCCAAAGGGAAGGAUAUUCUAAAACUUCCUCCACCCACACAGCUCAGACAGAACCCAGAAGGGAAAAAAAACACAGUUUCAAUGCGACUUAUAUAAGUUUGGACCCGCUUUGGAACAUCAACAUUGCUGCAACUUUGUGUAUCAUGCAACUUUUACCAGUGGCUCCAGGCAAAGGCCACACACUGUGUCAUGGAUGCAACUCAAAGCCAAGAACUAAAGCCAUCUGUCUGAGACUGUAAGACCGAUAUUUCUGGAAUAAAUGUUCAGGAAAACACAGGCAGACGGUGAACGCUCAAUGACUCAAGAGAAGCUCAGGGACAGAGCUGUAGACAACGUGCUCUGAGCGCCUCGAGGACGACUGCAAGACAAUGAGAACAUGCAGAGGAACGAUUCAUAAAGAGGAGAAUUGUUGCAAAAGGCCAGACAUACCAUGAGCUACUGGAACAUGAUCCCGAAGUGCAUUCCUGCUCCGUACUCAGCAGCUUGGAUUGUGGAUUGUUCUUCAAAAUAUGGCGAUGUACAGUGCUGUGAAAACAUGAUAAAUAUCUUGACAAAUAUGAAGUAGAGAAAUGGGAAGAGGCCAGAUACUUUUCACAGCACGGUGGGUAUAUACAGUAAAAGUAUUCACCCACUUGGAUGUUUUACCCUUUUAUUGAUUGAUUGAAUAUAUAUAU